UAUCGAAUAGAACGUCGUAAGGUGUGUUUCACAAGUGGCCAACUCAGGCAGAAAAAAAAUAUCUAACAAAAAACAAUUAAAAACGAGAAAAAUAAUAAAAACGUUAUUAAAAUUUCCAAAUACUUAGAUUGCAACAUUUGAGCCUGAAGUUAUAAAAUUAUUAACAAUUAUUAGUUGGCAAACUUUGUAACGCACAUCAAAAACGAAUUAUUUUUUUUUUAAGAAAAAGUGAUAUUUAACUUAAAAAGUUUAAAAAAAGUAAUAUCAGUUUUCUUAGUGCAAAAAAAAAGUUUUUUAAAAAAUAUAAAAAUGAAAUAUUUAAUUAGUUUAUUUAUGAUUGUUGUAUGUUGUCUGCAACAAUGUUGCUGGGCUCAAAGCACAACAGUUCGUCCCUACAAAUUCGGUUUCACCAUAGACGAACAACAACAUCGUUCGGAAUCAAGAGAUGAGCGUGGUAUUGUGAUGGGAGAAUUUGGUUUUAUAACAGCUGAUGGAAUUUAUCAUGUAACAGUAUAUGCCACCGAUGAGCAAGGUCGAUUUCGUAUACUAGCCAUGAGAAAUUAUCCUUAUGAAUCGCCGCCCAAAACUGUUGAGGUAAUGGUACAGCCAAAGAUAGCUCCAACGACUACUACCACUGCAAAACCUUUGCCUAAACAUAAUUUCAAUACAGAAGCUUGUUCGGGCUGCUUUCUAACCAAUGGCAACAAUAAACCUAAAGGUCUUAAUGGCAUAGAAAGUAAAACUGUGAAGAAUGAUAUAAGACCUUUGUCGAAAUCAUUGUCUACUAGUGGUACUAAUGCUGCGGUUAAUCCUAAAAUUCCUAACAAGAAUGUAGGAGCAGCACAGGAAAACACAUUAACCAAAAUACCAACAAAGAAUUCUUUUGAGCCACAAAACACUGAUACUACAGCACAGGAAAACACUUUAACUCAAACACCCUUAAAGAACUCAGUUGGGGAUUUAGAUGAGGCAUCUACACAAGGUAAGAAAACACAGCUAAAGCUUAUGCUUGAACAACCUAGUGAAGCCGACUUAUUUCCCCAAGCAGCAGCAAAUCCUGCAACCUUGAAUAAAAACUCCGGCAAGCAACCUAUACAAACAACACCAAACACAAAUACAUUAAACAAGCAAUACACUACAAGUCCCACAGUUAGCAAAAACACCAACCAAAAAACAGUAAAACCUUUGUCUGGUAGUCCUGACGCAGCAAAGACAAACACCGGAAAUCCACCACCCAUAAUGGACAUUAUAAUGCAAAAAGUGCUUCCUGCUAUAAUGGGUAAAACACCUUCUGCCACCCCAACACAAACUACAACCCUUAAUAAACCAAAUGCAGUGCCAUCUGGCAAAAAACCUAACGGUAUAUCCGGUUCAUCUUCAUCUUCUCCUUCGGCAAACGGUGAUGGUGAUUUGUAUCGUUUCAAAUACAUUUUAGACUAUCACGGCCAUACUGAGACCGGUAAACGAAACGGCAAUAAGGAGGGCACUUACUAUGCCAUUGGCGAUGAUGAUGUUGAACGUACUAUUGAAUAUGUGGCAAAUGAAAAUGGCUAUCAGCCACGUAUACGUUGGCGUAAAUUAGAUCGCAAUGAAAUCAAGUCCAAAGAAAAUACUCUUAAAGAUUACGAAUUCGUGUGGUUUAAUCAAUAAGCGAAUGAGGAAAGAAAACAACUUCAUAAAUUAUAGAAAAAUUAUUUAAAUUUUUUUGAAAUGUGUUCAUUUUACUGAUCCA